UUGUGGAUUUACUGUACAAGAUAAUAUAUCACAGAUAUCCUCUAAACAGAUAGCCUGAGGAUAUCCCCUUGGGCCAUAAUGGGACCAUUAGAAUAGAAAUAAGGGAAAAAAGUGAAAAACAGUAAUACAAAAUGAAACUUAAAAAGUUAAAUUUUGAACAACUAAGAAGGAAAAUACUUAGUUUUUUUAGAUUUGUGUUUUUUUUUGGAAGAUAUUUUAUUGGCAACGUUUUUGUGCACAUCUACAUCGAGGUCAGUGUUGGCGAGUCCUAAAAAAAACCGGAAUCAAACAGUUAAAAUCAACUUGUUAUUAUUUUUGGACACGAACGAGACAAGAAACGCUAUUUUAUUAAUUACAAAUCCCAUUUGACAACACUGUUCGGCUGCAAUCAAUGACUACUCGCGGUCGUGCCGUGCCGGACUCGUUGGAGUCUAAUCGGCUUCUCCUCCGUCUCGUGGUGUGCCACCUUUUAAGCCUUGUUUUUGUUGGAGGUAUAAGGUAUACGGUGACUUGGCGUCUAUUUUGAGCAUUUGCGUGUGUAUUUUGUACUGCUUUCAGUGCUUUCAUUUCAGUUAUUUUUUUGUGGUAAUUGGACUAACCUAAUAAUUAAAGUCCUCUAGUAUAUCUAUAUAAGAUCCAAUAUCCUUAUAGUCGGAUAUACUAACGAAGUCUCAACUAAUAUAACUGGAUGAAAGGAUAUCCUAAGUAUCUGAUAUACUGUGGACGUUCCAAUUAGUAACAUGGAUAUACGCUAUGUCCUGUCAGAUAUCCUGAGAACGUUUUACGGACGUCCUUGUGGUAUUUGGAUAGUGAUAAUUCGUGAGGGAUUUCAAGAAAUCAAUUAUUUCUUGUCGAACACAUGAGCUCCAUUGAAGCUGUAGUCCUAGAAAUCUGAAAUUUUGGACAGCAGACAGGAACCGCAAUAAUACUCAGAAAACUUUCUUGAACAAGCGACAACAUUGUACUGCUAAUAAAACCGCGAAUCCCAUGUAUUAUACAAAAGAACUCCGUUCGUUUAUAUUAUUAUACUGUAAGCUACGCAACUACUACGCAGCAAUAACUAACAGAUGGAUGUUACGUUAUUUAAACUCGUAGGGAGUGAAUAAUCGAAAAAUGGAGUUUCUGAAAGCACUCCUGAUAGUAUCCGAGAAAGCCGCGAAUAUCGCGAGACGUAUUCGAGAAGACGAACUUCUCUUCAGACUCUUGGUCGAGAAAAAAGAUAACGAUGAAGCAAAUCCGAGAUUUGUCGAAGACUUUAAAACUUUGGCCGACGUUCUGAUCCAGGAGAUGGUUAAGCACGACAUUAAGGAACAGUUUCCAGGAAUCGGACAGCGGAUAUGCGGGGAAGAAAGCAACGAGUUUCGCAACCAGCUCGGAGAAAAAAUCAAAGUAGAGAUCAAACCAAACCUGGAAGAAACUUCGUCGUUGCUAUCAAAAGUGUUGAACGGCGAUACCGAGACUGCUGAUAUUCUAGCGACGGAAGUACACAAAACAAUAAGUCUGGAUGAGGUUAACGCAACACUUCCCGUACGAGACUUUGACUUAAACAUUGAGAGGGUGGGCAUUUGGAUAGACCCAAUAGAUGCGACCUUUGAGUAUAUAAAUGGUGUGGAAAAGGGUUGCGACAAGGGUAUUUAUUUGUCUGGGUUAAAUUGCGUGACGAUUUUAAUCGGGGUAUUCGAUCAAGAGACUGGAAAGUCUAUUAUCGGGGUGAUCAAUCGACCGUUUCAUAAGGAUACCUCCAGUCAGAGAUGCAUAUGGGGAGUGGCUCUCAAUUGCACUACAAAUUUAUCCCCCUUCGUCGUUGCUAACACAAAAGCAAGCACCAACGUUAUUUGCUUGAGCAGCAGCGAAUCGCCAGCGAUCAAGGAAAAACUAAAGUCCGCGGGUUAUGAGCUCGUCGAAUCAUGCGGUGCUGGUUAUAAAAUGCUGACCGUCAUACUCGGACUGGCCGACGCGUACAUUCUAUCCAAGCCGACGACUUAUUUUUGGGAUACCUGCGCGCCGCAAGCAAUUCUUCGAAUGAUGGGAGGUGACGUGAUCAGAUACGACGAGGCGAUGAUGGAUGGUUCGAGAGUUGAAGUGGAAUACGCGUUUUGUACUUCGAGAUGCAACAAUGGAGGCAUCAUAGCCUACUCCAGCGAGAAAAUCUUGACCGAUGUAAUGAGCGCCCUCUCGAGGGAGUAAACUGUAGAUCAGACGGAUCUUUGUGCCGCGUACAUUACAUCAGUGCAAUGUAAACUUUGAUCGUACCUUAUCAUCUAUAAGUUAUUUGGCAAUAGAGUAAACAAAUAUGUGAUAUUACCAACUCCGUGGUUACAUAAUUAAAGCAAAUAAAUUGCAAAACUAAGGGUAAUUAUUUGAGGGAAUGAUUUUUUCAUGCAAUUAAUAACAUUUAUUCAUACGAAAUUAUUGUUGAAUUAUAUUAAAAACCAUUUACUGUGCGCUCUCUAGUCAAACAAUCAUGGACGUAACAAUGUUAAUACAUGGACUGUAUGUAAGCUUGUCAAUGUUCAUUAUUGCAUCAGCAACUUUAAUAUAU